CAACAACGCAUUCCAUUCAUGGAGAAAGCGGCACUGUACGAUGGCCUCAGCCGACAACUAGUGGACCUGCACGCGUCCAUGGCGCGGAUGCAGGACAACUUGGAGCGAGCCAUGGAUGUGAGUAAGAAGACACACCGCAUGAGUCAUGCCUUCCUCGGCGUGGUCCACGCCACCUCCCCGGCCAAUGUGGCCAGCGCACCACAGACCACGACGACUGUGGCUGAUGCCAUUUACAACCAAGUGACCAAGAAGUACAAGAAAAGCGUGAGUUUUCAGCCAUGACCCGAGCCACAAUCUAUACCUAUAUCAAUUUAUGUCUCUCAACGAAUCAAUCUUGCGUCAAGUAGCGCAGGUGUAGUACUACUAUGUACUAGUAAUUAAGUUAGUAGGGA